GUAUUCGACAAAAAAUCUGUAUAUAAAUAAUAAGGAUAUUCUAAUAGUUUUCUACAUUGCCAACUGCACAUACGAGGGAUAUCCUAACCUCUCGUAUGUCACUGUCUUAAUAGAGAGUCGCGUUUCGUCUGUCGUGGAAGACGGAUCGAAAUUUAUACACGGAGAUAUAAAUAUAUCAAUAUACGAAUAUUAAAGAAUAUAUCUACCCAAGGGGUGUUAGAAUAAUUAGGAGUGUACUGUUCUAAUAGAGUAAUAAUAAGUUAACGUCUUUAACGUUAACAAGUCUGUUAACAUUAAAUAAAUAGUUCCCCCUUUCGGUAGGGGGAACGUCGUAUAGAAACUCAAACCCAGAGACAAUGGAAAGAGGCAGAGGUAGAGGUAAAAAAGAAAAGAGAAAUAGAUCCAGAUCACCGAUAGGAAUAGGCGGCAAACGAAGAGAGACUACAAUAGAUAGCGACAAGGAUAUGCAGGAUAGUUGCAAUACUAGUUUUGAGGAUGUAGAAGAACAUGAGUCAGCAGAUAUCUCAAGUAAGACUAUUCCAAGCAAUACAGAGCUAACAGUUAACAGUGGCCACAUAAGUGAGAAAGAGAUAGUAGCAAGUCAAAAUAUUACUGAACAGCCGUCGGUAGUCAAAGUCAAUAACAGUAAUAAGCCUGGUAAAGCUUAUAUAAUUGACACUACCAAAUCAAACCAACAAAAUGCGGAAAUAUUUUAUAAUAUAGAGGAUAGGCUAAUAAAUAAAAGCGAAAUUGAUUCUGAUAGCUUAACGUUAUUGUUAAAAAAUAAAUUAAUUAGAUACGAAGAAUCAACUAUUGGUGAAUGUAAAAUCACAUGUAAACUAACUGCGGAUAAGAUUACUGUAAGUAAGGGAAAAAAUUACUUAAAAAUAUUAGCAUGGUUUAAUAAUAAUAAAAUCUUCCCCUUAAAAAUUAAUAUAAUUAAGUAUAAUUUAGCUGAGGCGAUAUUCUCUAAUUGUAAUGAAGCAAACUUAUGCUUGGAUACUAUGGACAGGGCACAAACCAAUGAUAAAUCGAUUAUAGGCUUUAUUAACAAUAAAUCAAAAUUUUGGAGAGGCGUUAUUACAGAUUGGCCAUACGAUAUUCCACAAUUAUGGCAAGAGAUUAUUAAUAAGGACGAAGUCACGAAAAUGGAGAGGAUGUUUCGCAGAAUUUGGAACAAAGAGGAAAAAGUCAUGAUGAAUAAGAAGACGGAUAAUAUUAUUAUUACGAUGAAAGGCAGUCAACUAAAGGAAAACAUUACAAUAUUCGAAAAUCUCCAAUACAAACUAAAAUGGGAUCUUUACACUACAAAUAGUGUAUUUGUGUACGCAAUAUAUACCAGCGCUGGGAUAACUAUUGUGCAACUACAAUAUGAAAUAAUGUUUUUAAGUAUUGUGGGUUUAUUCAACUUAAAGGAAGACUGUGAGAAUUGUAAUGAUGACAAUUAUACUGCAGACGAAAGUAGUAGAUAGAUACUAAUUUGCAAACCAGUGGAUUAUAUCGAUUGUCAGGAAUCCAUUUACAAAGCACGAGAAUCUUUUAAGCGAGAGCUAAAUAUUAUAGUCUCCGCUAAUAGAAUCUUGUGAUCUGUAGUGGAAUGACCAACGCUCAUUCAUUAACUUGCAAUGUUAGAAGAUUAAGUAAACAUGUGCAUUGUUAUUCAGUUAGUUAAUACAUCAGAAGACAGUGCUUUAGCGUCAUACUUAAAUGCAGUAUAUUGUAUAUUAUCUGUAUCAUAAUAGAGAAAUCAUAUAUUUUGUUCUUAAUCAAUUUAUUAACUUUGUAAUUAUAUUGUAUAUAUGACUGUACAUAUGAAUACAUUUUUCAAGACAACCCAGCAAACCAAUAUGUAACUGUUACAUAACCUAGGGAGCACAUAAAAAGAACAAUGUUAUGUUUCACGGUUAUAUAGACGAGAUGUAAGUGUUAUAUAACCUUGAAAGCACUUUAGAAGAACAUAUAGUUAUAUUUCUUCGUUACGUAUAUAACUCAUAAUAGUUAUUUAAAAAGGUAAUAUAACACACACAUAACUCGUGAUACAUAACAUAAAUAUAACAACUGUAAUCGUUUAGCAAUAUAACAAAUGUUAUAUUACUAAUACAUAUAGAAUAUAUUAUUACAGAUAUUCAUUUAUUAUAAUAUAUUUGCGAUGUAACUUUAGUAACACACAAGUUAUUUUUUUCUCCUUAUAAAUUGGGAUUAUAGUUCAUGCACUUACCGCUAUGUGGCACCUUAUUUACUAUUUGUACCCGUAUUCAAGUUUCUGUCAAGCGUAUAUAAAGCCUGCGAAAUGCGGCUAAUAAAACAUUGUAAUUAUUUCUAUUAGUUUAAUUUCUGAUACGAUUCCCAUACAGGAGAAUUCAGAUAUUGGAUUGAUUUUUGGAAAAUCGGACAGAUAUAAAUGUCCGAUCUUCAUUUAUUUGGACGAUUUCUGUCCAAAUAAGUGAAAAUAAUUGUUCGUUAUUAUCUACUUAAGAUAUAAAAUAG